AUGGAUUUCUUGGGCCAAAUGUUUUGCUGCUGUUGUCAUGAUGAAGAUGAACUGGAGAAGAAUUCAUUGAUCACUGGUGACACAUUUCAGUAUUUCAAUAAGUUACAGAAACGGCGGCAGUCAGAGGCAGCUAACUUGUGGAACGAACCAGCAGACCACGCUCAUGUGGAGAGGAGAGAUGAUCAUGAGCUUCACAAGCUGCUGGAGAAGAGGUCAAAAAUGCGCCGGGGGUCAGAGGAAUACCGAUGUUUGAGCUUUGACAUCAUUGCCCACCGACAGAUCCGUAGAAAGGUAAAGGAUCGAUGGAAACAUAUCUUGGAAGUCUUAGGAUUCAAAGCUGAAGCAGAUGGGCUACUCACUGUAACUUCCAGUACUUCAUAUGAAUCUCUCCGCCACCCUCAAGAGGCCCGCAGUCUCCAUACUACUUUGGCUGAGCAGACAUCCAUUUUUGGUCAUCACCAUGGUGGUCCACCAGAGAGAUAUCUCUUUGUCCUGGACCGGCUUAUUCUUCUUGAUGUGGGAGAUGAUUUCCUGUCAGCUGCACGUCACUUUUAUCCUGCAGAGGAAGAAGACAACAUGUCUUCCAGUGAUGCAGGACCACCUACCCCUGGUCCCAUCUUAGUCCAAUUAAAUAGUGAAACUCAAGAAGAAACUGAAGUGGAGGAGAGGAGGAGGAGACGGAGUAGUAUUAGGAGGAAUUAAAUGAGGAAUAAGCACAUUUUGGAGAGGCAAAAAGGAGGAAAUGGAAGAAUCUGAGGAAAGUGCCUUGGA